AAAAUUAUGCCCUCCUACCCUUCUCAACCAAAACUCUUAGAAAGAAUCCAGCCCUCUUUCCUUCCCAGCGACCCGAAAUCAAUCUCAGAACCCACAUCUUUGGUCAAUAUGGAGGUUUUUAUAGGCCAUAGAAGUUUAGGGGGAUCAUAUUUACCAGCAUAUCCUUUUCCUUACAGAUUUAUUAUGAAGAAUAGCAAAGUAAUUCCUGUAGGCUUGUUAAGUAGGAGAAGAUAGAUAUCAUGACCUAUUAAGAAGAUCUACCUCACUGUGGUCAAUUGGUGCUGUGGGUUAUGUCGAAGAGAUUUUUUAAUUACACAAUGGGUGGAAGCAAGAUAGAUGAUGACUGGGAGUUUACUGCAUCGGGUAAUGGUGUUAGUACUGUAGUUUUGGUUGGAAAAACUGGAAAUGGCAAGAGUGCAACUGGGAAUACCAUUCUCGGUAGGAAGGCAUUCUUGUCGCAAUUCAGUCCAGCUGGCGUGACAUGUACUUGUGAGAUGCAAAGCACCAUUUUAAAAGAUGGUCGUACUCUAAAUGUUAUUGACACUCCUGGACUCUUUGAUUUUUCAGCUGGUUCUGAAUUCAUUGGGAAAGAGAUUGUUAAAUGUAUCAACAUGGCCAAGGAUGGAAUUCAUGCAGUUCUUAUGGUUUUUUCUACAAGAUCACGUUUUUCAAGAGAAGAAGAGGCCACGAUUCAGAGUUUGCAAACCUUUUUUGGUGAGAGAAUUGUUGACUACAUGAUCGUGGUUUUUACUGGUGGUGAUGAUCUUGAAGAAAGUGGAAUGACCUUGCAGGAAUUUAUAGGUCGUGGGUGCCCUGAGCCGUUACAGAACAUUCUUCGGCUGUGUAAAAAAAGAGUUAUGCUUUUUGAUAACAAGACCAACAAUGAGAUUAAGCGAGCUGCGCAGGUGAAGCAGCUGUUCUUCCUUGUAGAUUCUGUCGUCGCCAGUAAUGGCGGACAACCAUUUUCAGAUCAGAUUUUUGCUGAACUUAAGGAGGGAGCUUUAAGGAUGCAUGAUAGAGAGAAAGAAGUCGAAGCUAUGAAGGGUUAUUCGGAACAACGGAUAUCACAGUUGAAGGAAGAGAUCUAUAAAUCAUAUGAUGAUCAGCUUGCACGAAUAACAGAUAUGGUGGAGCACAAGUUAAAACAAACUAUUGAUAGACUUGAGAAACAGUUGGCUGAAGAACAAGCUGCACGACUAGAAGCCGAGAAGCUAUCGCAAGAAGCCAGAAUGAGAUCAGAUGAUGAGAUUCGUUUACUUAGGGAGAGUCUGGAGAGAGCUCAAAGGGAGAAUGAGGAAUACCGAAAGCGCGCUGAAAGUAUGAAGUGUGCCAUCCUGUGACAUCAUUUCAUUGGAUGAUUAUAAAUACUUUAUGAGGUUGUUUAUAAGGUGAUAUUUAGAAUUUUUAUUUUCGUAGGUUCAAUAUGGAGCAAAACUUUUAGAAAUUCUGCUUUGGUAGGUUUGAUAUGGAACAAUUCCAAGUUUGUGGGCCAUGCUAUUUGUUCUAAUUAUAUAUAUAUUUAGCGUGCUGAAAUAUACUUGAUUGGUUAUAAAGCAA